GUGGAGUGACGCAAAAUUGCAGAGUUCCAUGAGCAGAACUCCAAACCCACUCACAAAUCCUCUCCCUCUUCAAUCCCUGCAAAACCCUGAGACAUCUCAAACAACUCCAUGCCCAGAUCGUCACCCACCAUAACUCCCCUUUUCCACUCUCCGCCUUGGCCUCUCUCUCUCUGCCCUUUCCCCAUUUCCAACGUUCCUGGCCUAUGCCAAGACCAUCUUCCACCAUCUCCAAAACCCACCUCCCUCACUCUACAACUCCCUCAUCAGAGCCCUCUCCUCAAGUAAAACCCCACUUGAAGCACUCCCAUUGUACCACACAAUGCUCCAAAGCGGCUUAAAGCCUGAUCACAUGACGUACCCUUUUGUUAUAAAAGCUUGUAAUGAGUCAUCCAUGACUUGGUUUGGGUUAUUGGUUCAUACCCAUGUUGUUAAAAGUGGUUUUGAGUGCGAUUCUUAUAUUGUCAGCUCUUUGAUUCAUUUAUAAGCAAAUGGGAAAGAUUUGGGUGCUGCUAAGCAGCUUUUUAAUCUGUGUUCUGACAGAGAUCUGGUUUCUUGGAAUGCAAUGAUUGAUGGGUAUGUUAAGCGUGGUGAAAUGGGGUAUGUCCAGAUAGUGUUUGAUAGGAUGGUAUGUAGGGACGUGAUUUCUUAGAAUACUGUGAUCAAUGGCUAUGCAAUUGUUGGGAAGAUUGACGAAGCUAAGAGACUGUUUGAUGAAAUGCCUGAGAGAAAUCUGGUAUCUUGGAAUUCCAUGUUGGCUGGGUUUGUCAAAUGUGGGAAUGUGGAGGACGCUUUUGGGCUGUUCAGUGAGAUGCCCUGUAGGGAUGUAGUGUCAUGGAACUCCAUGUGGGAUCCAUGGCAACUUUGAGCUGGGUGAGAUGGUGGGAAAACGCCUCAUCAACCUUCAGGCAUGCCACAGUGGCCGCUACAUCCUCCUCUCAAACAUAUAUGCAGCAGCAAAAAAAUGGGACGAUGCAAGAAAAGUGAGGAACCUUAUGAAGGUCAACGGCAUCUCCAAGGUGCCAGGAGUGAGCGUGAUUGAGUUGAAAGGCAUGGUGCAUCGGUUUGUGGCUGGUGACUGGUCACACCCGGAAUCAAACAAGAUAUAUGAGAAGUUGAAUGAGAUACACAAGGCUGAAGAGUGCAAUUGGGUAUUCAGCAGAUACCGGGAAUGUGUUGUUGGACAUGGAAGAGGAAGAUAAAGAGCAUGCUCUAGCUGUUCAUAGUGAGAAGCUGGCCAUUGCUUAUGGGCUACUACACUUGGAUUCAAAAGAAGCCAUUAGGAUUCUGAAGAACCUUAGGGUUUGCAGAGAUUGUCACCAUGUCACCAAGCUGAUUUCAAAGGUUUAUGGUCGAGAAAUUAUUGUAAGGGAUCGGAAUCGGUUUCAUCAUUUUGAAGAUGGUGAAUGUUCCUGUCUUGAUUUUUGGUAGAGUCAGUGUUAAAUAUUGAA